GGGUGGGCCGGCCGCGCUCCCAGCCGCCGGGAGGGACGCACGCCAGCCGCGCCGGCCGAGCGAGCGACCCGCGGCCGGGGGCGCCGUCCAGGCGCGCGCCCCCGACCCGCGGCUGGGCCCGGGGACCGCCUCCCCGGACCCUCGCGCCCCUGGGUAUGGAGCGCUCCCGGGGGCUGCCCUGCGGCGGUGGCGAUGCGGACAGCGCGGCGGCGGCCGGGGCCAGGCGCGGCCGCCCGGAGCUCUGAAGACGCGGAGCGCGCCGCGCCCGAGGCGCCGACCGAGGAUCUUGCAGCAACGGGUUCCUCCCCAGCUGGUGCCCGGGAAAUGGCGGCCACAGCUAAAUCAGCCUUGAAGGCUGUCACUCACCCCGUCAGCACCGUCACUUAGAAGACAGGAUUCGAGAGGAGACCCCCCGGGCCCCCCGGCUGCUGUCCCCCCUCCUGGAGCCAGCCUGGGGGCGCACCAGGGCCGCCCGGUGCCCAGGAUGACCGCGGCCACCCGGGCCAACGCCUACAGCAUUGUGUCGUCCGAGGAGGACGGGCUGCGCCUGGUCACCAUGUCGGGUGCCAACGGCUUUGGCAACGGCAAGGUGCACACACGGCGCCGCGCCCGCAGCCGCUUCGUCAAGAAGAACGGCCAGUGCAACAUCGAGUUCGCCAACAUGGACGAGAAGUCCCAGCGCUACCUGGCCGACAUGUUCACCACCUGCGUGGACAUCCGCUGGCGCUACCUGCUGCUCGUCUUCUCGCUGGCCUUCCUCGCCUCCUGGCUGCUGUUCGGUGUCAUCUUCUGGGUCAUCGCCGUGGCGCACGGUGACCUGGAGCCCGCGGCGGCGGAGGCCCCGGGCCGCACCCCCUGCGUGCUGCAGGUGCACGGCUUCAUGGCGGCCUUCCUCUUCUCCAUCGAGACGCAGACCACCAUCGGCUACGGGCUGCGCUGCGUGACGGAGGAGUGCCCCGUGGCCGUGUUCAUGGUGGUGGCCCAGUCCAUCGUGGGCUGCGUCAUCGACUCCUUCAUGAUCGGCGCCAUCAUGGCCAAGAUGGCGCGGCCCAAGAAGCGGGCGCAGACGCUACUGUUCAGCCACAACGCCGUGGUGGCGCUGCGUGACGGCAAGCUCUGCCUCAUGUGGCGCGUGGGCAACCUGCGCAAGAGCCACAUCGUGGAGGCGCACGUGCGGGCGCAGCUCAUCAAGCCCCGCGUCACCGAGGAGGGCGAGUACAUCCCGCUGGACCAGAUCGACAUCGACGUGGGCUUCGACAAGGGGCUGGACCGCAUCUUCCUGGUGUCGCCCAUCACCAUCCUGCACGAGAUCGACGAGGCCAGCCCGCUCUUCGGCAUCAGCCGGCAGGACCUGGAGACGGACGACUUUGAGAUCGUGGUCAUCCUGGAGGGCAUGGUGGAGGCCACGGCCAUGACCACGCAGGCCCGCAGCUCCUACCUGGCCAGCGAGAUCCUGUGGGGCCACCGCUUCGAGCCCGUGCUCUUCGAGGAGAAGAGCCAGUACAAGAUCGACUACGCACACUUCCACAAGACCUACGAGGUGCCCUCCACGCCCCGCUGCAGCGCCAAGGACCUGGUGGAGAACAAGUUCCUGCUGCCCAGCGCCGGCUCCUUCUGCUACGAGAACGAGCUGGCCUUCCUGAGCCGCGACGAGGACGACGACGACACCGAGGACAGGGACGCCCGCGGCCCCCAGAACCGGCACGAGUUCGACCGACUCCAGGCGGGGGGCGGCUCCCUGGAGCAGCGGCCCUACAGGCGCGAGUCGGAGAUCUGAGGGCCCAGGCCACGUCCAGCGUCCGCCCACCGCCAGGGCCCGGGAGCCCGCGCGUCCCCAGGCCCAGACUCAGCCGCGUUUCGGUCGCGUCGUGCUUCCCGGGGUCGCCGCGGAGGGUGGCGGGAGAGCGGGCGCGGGGUCGGGGGCUUCUGCCUGCAGGGAGCGCGGCCCCCGGGGCUGGAGACGGAAUCGGGUCCGGCAGUGCAGGUUGGCGAAGGCUGCAGUGCCCUGGAUGGGGUUUAGCCUUGGGGAGAGGUACCGGUUUCGGCUUUCUCAACCUUGGCUUGGGUAAGACUGUUUACGCACAAAAAAAAAACCCACAGAAAAAAAUUAAAAUGUGAUUCAAAAAAAUUUUUUUUUAAAUUCGUGGGGUUAAAAAAAAAGGACAAUUAGAAUUCCGUCAGUGUGCUGGCAUGCAGUGAGCCGGACGGAGGUUCCGGAAGGUUCCCUGCUGCAGGACGGGCCCUCCUCCCUGCAGGGCGGGUGGCAGCCCCGGCAGCAAGCACAAGCAUCACGCAGCCGCUCGCGGUGCUCCUGGACGAGUUAGAUUCCGUUUGUGAGGUGAAGCCGAGGCCAUGUUAACGACGACAAUAAAAGCUUCCUGGGGUGGGUCGCGGGGGUGUCUGCUUUCUGACUUGCCUUUGUUGGUGGAUUCGUGCCCGGGGCAGAUACGAGGCCCGUCCUGGGGUCUGCCUUCUCUCCCGGCCCCCGUUCUCGUGUCCAGCUUCGCUUCUGUCUCUGAUGUGGCCCACGUCGGGGAGCAGUUGGGAUACGGGGCUGUGCGUUGGAGAAGCCGGGUUCCCGCACGGAGGAGACGGAGAACGCCCGGCCCCUUGUUGGCCACAGUGGGAUGUGCCUUAGAGACCCCGGGUCCCCCCCCCGGCCCCAGCUGUUCCUGUUUCUAUCUGACCCCGUCUUCCUCCUCACCUGGGAGCCGGCCAGGUUGUGCUUUGCUGGUGAACGGCAGGGGAAGGCUCUUAGAAGGUGACAGAAGGAGCUGUCACCCUCCCUCCCUCCCGGCUGCCAGGGAGUGUGUCCCGGUCACAAGAAUUCCUCCGGAGGCUGUGGGGAUCCUCCUGCCCCACCCCCCACGUCAGGAAGGUUUGUGGGGUCCCCUGGUGUGCAGUUGCCUAUUCACUCUGCCGGCCCAGAGCAGGUGCCCCGGCCAGGAACUGCCCAGCAUGGUCUUGUUCUCGACGGAAGAGGAGAGGGCCAGUGGGCAGCCGGGGACGGAGCCCAGGCCCUUCCCAGGACGGCUGAGGAGAAAGGUUUUUCCCGUCCAGAGAGUGGGGACUGGAAGGCUCCGGCCUCCCCAGUGCACCUGCCUGGGCCACUUCCAACCUGUGCCCCGAACAUAGCUUGGAACCAGAAGGCCCUCCAGGACGUAUCCUGCCCAAGGGGAAACUGAGUCAGAGAGUGGAGGAGGGGGCGUCUAA